AUGGGAGUUGUAGUCGUUAGUUCUUCCUGUUCUUUGACUGCGAGAGUGAGUUGAGUUCAGUUUCACUGUUUUGAAUCGAGAAUAAACUUCAUAACCAACAGCCUAUGUCUAUGUACGAUCCGUCUAGCGCCUCCAGCAGGCCCAUCACUGCAGUGGCCUGGGCGUCUAACACCUCCACCUGCCCCAGUCAUUUCAACAUGAUCAGUCAGACGGAAGAUGGAGGCUCCGCUAACUUCAUCCGAGGGUUUGCGAUGAAGUCGGGAUACUUCCUGUGUUACACUAAGGAUCUGUCCAGUGGGAUGGUCGUGGCAGAUGUGCUGUUGUUGUCGGAUAAAGAGGCGAUUCCUCACGGUUACUGUUACAUCCCAGAAUACCUGGAGCCCAAGGCGUCUAUCGGGAAGAAGAAGCGCAUCUGUGUGCGGAUGGUUCCAGUGGGCAUGGUUACGAUGGCGGUUCUAGAUCUCAAACUGACGGCGAAGAACAAGAACAUGGUGCAGCAGUACACCUGCCUGGGGGACAUGAAUGGCUUCGUGGUGUGGUGUCUGAAGGGCCCGUUCUCCAGCCCGGCGCCUCAGGCCAAGCCUCGCAGUGUCAGUCUGGACCUGCGCAGUCUCUCCCUGGACGGAGCCGGACCCCCCCAGCCGCUCAAACCCAGCAAUCUUCCUGAUUUCCCACCGAAAGUCAGCCGUCGGCGCAGUAAGCUUGACAUGAGCAAGCCGACAGAGGGAGUGUAUGACAGCGGUAACCAUAGCAACAUCUAUGGUAUCACAGCGAUGGAUGGUGUUCCUUUCUCUCUACACCCCAAGUUUGAGUCUCAGUCAAACACAAAGGUGUCUGUGAUCACACUGAGUGACAUCCGGAUCAAAUCAGUGCAGGACAUCGAGAACGAGUAUAACUACACGUUUGCAGUGGAAGAGCAGGCGGCGAAGAGAAUACGUCCGUCGGUGUCCUGAGCGCUUCCCUUCGCAGAUCAUAUUCCUUUCUUCAUAUCAGCUCUGAUCGAUGCAAUCACACCGGGAAAUUAUGGCGCUUUCUGGUUUUAUGAUCAUGUGUUUCUCACACUACUGGUUCU